AUAGAAACAGAGUAGCCAUGAGGACGAGCAGAGUUUCAUUCAACGUAUCGUAUAUAAUAAUAAUACUCUACUCCAUUCACUCUGUAAAUCUCUGCAACUUACACUACACCAUUCAAGAAUCUCAAUAAUUAAACCCUCUUUUCUUCAUGGCCAAACCAUUCACUUGAAACCUCCAUCUCUCUUUUAUGGAGUCUUCUUCUUCUGCAACUCAUAGAUCAGGAACCAAUACAACCACAAGCGAGCUUUUUAUCUGCUUCAGCUCACGCAACAACUCCAUGAAAACAUCCUCUAAAUCAAGCAUUUUGAGCCCCGGGAGGGCUCGAGACACCCCCACCUCACUCUCUACUUCUUUAAGUAGGAGGCUUAGGACUAGUGGGAGUAUCAAGAAUGGGCAGGCUUCGCCUAUGUUUCCUACUGGGAACAAAAGAAGGGGUUCUGGGUUCGAGAACCCGGAACCCUCUUCGCCUAAAGUGACCUGCAUUGGGCAGGUGAGGGUUAAGACUAAGAAGCAAGGGAAGAAGAUGAGGAACUUGUCGAGAAGGCCUAGUGGGGAGAUGAGUUUUAGGAAGAUGGAGCAUAAUCAGAUGCAGAGGCAGAGUAGUGUGAAUAGUAUUCAUCAUCAGCAGGAAUGCUCUUCGCAUAGGAAUCAGAGAUGGGUGCAUUUGCCGCUGACGAUUUGCGAGACUUUGAGAGGGUUUGGAUCGGAGUUCAGCUGCUUGUUUCCUUGUAAGUCUUCUUGUUUUUCGGGAGAGAAAGUGGAGAGAGAUGGGAGAGAGAGUGGGAGUUCUUGUGUGGAUGUGUUUGCGAAGUGGUUGGUGGCUGUGGAGGAUGAGAGGAGAGAGAGUGGUGGUGGGAAGAGGAGAGAUAUUGAGUUGGUUGUCGAGAAUGAGGAUGAGGAUGAGGAUGAUGAUGAUGAUGAUGAUGAGGAUGAAGGGAAGGUUGUGAAGAGGAGACAUGUGUUUGAUGAAAUUGAGAUUAAAGAUUAUGAUGAGGAAAGAGGGAGGGUUAGUAUUUGUAUUCCACCUAAGAAUGCUUUGUUGCUGAUGAGAUGUAGAUCUGAUCCUGUCAAGAUGGAAGCUCUGGCUAAUAGGUUUUGGGAGCCUCAAUUGCCUGCUGAAGAUGAAGAACUAGAGGAUGACAAGGGGGUGGUGAAUUCGGAGAAAGUUGAAGUUGAAAAUGAGGAGAUGGAGGUGUUUGAAGAACGAAGAGCUUCAGUCUCGGGUAAUAUUUUCGAUAAGGUAGAGGAAUGUGAAGUUGAGCAACCAGUGGAAGAAAAUGAAAUUAAGCAAGAAGAACUUAUCAAGUUGGAAGUUGAUGAGUUAAUUGGUGAGGAUUUGAGUGUUUGUGAACAAGACAAGAUAUUAGAGGAAGAUUUGCAUGAUAAUGAAGAAGAGGAUAUGCAAAGUGAUGGAGAGGCACAAAAUGGUGAACAAGAGAAGGCACUAGAGGACUUGCAAAGUAAGGAAGAUGAACAAGAUAUUGAACCACAAGACACUGAAGAAAACAACAAAAUACUAGUUGAAGAAGUGGAAGAAAAUGAGUCGAGUUUUGUGACUGCAUUGGAAGUAUUUGUGAAUCAAGAGAGUGAACUAGUUGAGCUAGGAGAGAGCAGGGUAAGUUGUUGCGAUUCGGAUGAUGAAUUAAACGAGGAAGCCAAACAUAUCCGGUAUAUUCUGCUCGAUUACAAGUCAGAAGACGAGGUUAGUAAACCCGAGCCAACGGAAAAAGAACAAGAGACUGCAUUGGAAAAUCAUGCAAUUGAUGGCUCAACUGAUGAGACUCAACAACAAGACCAGACUCAAAGUAGUCCAGAAGCCCAAUUACAAGUUGAAGAUCAACAAGAAGAGGAAGCAGUGGAGAGCAAUGUUGUUGAGGUUUUAGAGAGAGGAAAAGACAUGGAAGCCAAGAAAGAAGCUGAGAAAGUUCAGCAGCUCCCUGAUUGCUUAUUGUUAAUGAUGUGUGAGCCAAAGCUAUCAAUGGAAGUAUCAAAAGAGACAUGGGUUUGUAGUACAGAUUUCAUAAGGUGGCGUCCUCAGAAGAAGAAACCUCACGCUCCGCCGUGCUACAAGAAUUCAACUAGUCAUGGAAAUGAAGAGCAAGUGCCUGAGAAAAUAACAACCGUUGAUUCAAAGUGUGGUAAUCCCUUUGCUGCAUUGCCUCCGCCGUACCCAGUGACGCAUAAUCAGGCGGCGUUACAGCCGGGGAGGGCGUCGUGUUGCUUGCCGGCGGGUGGUGUUGUUUCGAUGGCUGCGAUGAUAGAGCAGAAGCUAGUGGAUGCGGUGGCGUAUGAGCCGUUUGUGCUGACGAGGUGUAAGUCUGAGCCGAUGAGGACGGCGUCUAAGCUGGCUCAGGGGGCUUGUUUUUGGAAGAAUAGGGCUAUGGAGCCGCAUAGGAGGGCCACGUAUGGCGCGGCUGGGGUUGGGUGUUGAGUCGAGCCGAGUCCAGUCUAGGUGUUUUGUUUAGAGUGGGGAGAUUGGUGUAGUGUUUGUUAGCGAGUGUUUUGCAUGUAGUCUGUACAUUUUAAUUGUUUUUUCUUAAGGAAACUUGAGUGAUUUUCUUAUUCAA